CAGCCGUGCCCCGCCCCUUGUCCCCGGGAUGGGCGGGGCGCGGAGUGGCCGGGAAAGCCUCCGGAGCGCGCUGGGCUGGAUAGCGCGCUAGCCUCGGCCGCCGCGUCACGGACCUGCCCGCCCUCCGGGCCCCUCCCCGCGCUCCGUUCCCUGCUCUCCCGCCCCCCGCUGCGAGCGAGCGGUGACUUAAGCAACGGAGCGCAGCGAAGCCCAUUUUUCUCCUCGCUCGCAGCCGCGCCGGGCAGCUCGUGGCGCGGCGCCUCCGCUCCGGCCCGAAAUGAAUGCUGCGGCAGAAGCCGAGUUCAACAUCCUGCUGGCCACCGACUCGUACAAGGUUACUCACUAUAAACAAUACCCACCCAACACAAGCAAAGUUUAUUCCUACUUUGAAUGCCGUGAAAAGAAGACAGAAAACUCCAAAGUAAGGAAGGUGAAAUACGAGGAAACAGUAUUUUAUGGGUUGCAGUACAUUCUUAAUAAGUACUUAAAAGGUAAAGUAGUGACCAAAGAGAAAAUCCAGGAGGCCAAAGAAGUGUACAGAGAACAUUUCCAAGAUGAUGUCUUUAAUGAAAGAGGAUGGAACUACAUCCUUGAGAAAUACGAUGGUCAUCUCCCAAUUGAAGUAAAGGCUGUUCCCGAGGGCUCUGUCAUCCCCAGAGGGAAUGUGCUGUUCACAGUGGAAAACACAGACCCAGAGUGCUACUGGCUUACCAACUGGAUUGAGACUAUUCUUGUUCAGUCCUGGUAUCCAAUUACAGUGGCUACAAAUUCAAGAGAACAGAAGAAAAUAUUGGCCAAAUAUUUGUUAGAAACUUCUGGUAACUUAGAUGGUCUGGAAUACAAGUUACAUGAUUUUGGUUACAGAGGAGUCUCUUCGCAAGAGACUGCUGGCAUAGGGGCAUCUGCUCAUUUGGUUAACUUCAAAGGAACAGAUACUGUGGCGGGAAUUGCUCUAAUUAAAAAAUACUACGGGACAAAAGAUCCUGUUCCAGGCUAUUCUGUUCCAGCAGCAGAGCACAGCACCAUAACAGCUUGGGGGAAAGACCAUGAAAAAGAUGCUUUUGAACACAUCGUGACGCAGUUCUCAUCAGUGCCUGUGUCUGUGGUCAGCGACAGCUAUGACAUUUAUAAUGCAUGUGAGAAAAUAUGGGGGGAAGACCUGAGACAUCUGAUAGUAUCAAGAAGUACAGAGGCACCACUCAUCAUCAGACCUGAUUCUGGAAAUCCGCUUGACACUGUAUUGAAGGUCUUAGAUAUUUUAGGCAAGAAGUUUCCUGUUACUGAGAACUCCCAAGGCUACAAGCUGCUGCCACCUUAUCUUAGAGUCAUUCAAGGAGAUGGAGUGGAUAUCAAUACUUUACAGGAGAUUGUAGAGGGAAUGAAGCAAAAAAAGUGGAGUAUUGAGAAUGUCUCCUUCGGCUCUGGCGGCGCUCUGCUUCAGAAGUUAACCAGAGACCUCUUGAAUUGCUCCUUCAAGUGCAGCUAUGUUGUAACCAAUGGCCUUGGGGUUAAUGUCUUUAAGGACCCAGUUGCUGAUCCCAACAAAAGGUCAAAAAAGGGCCGGUUAUCUUUACAUAGGACACCAGCGGGGAACUUUGUUACACUUGAAGAAGGAAAAGGCGACCUUGAGGAAUAUGGCCAUGAUCUUCUCCAUACGGUUUUCAAGAAUGGGAAGGUGACAAAAAGCUACUCAUUUGAUGAAGUCAGAAAAAAUGCACAGCUGAAUAUCGAGCAAGACGUGGCGCCUCAUUAGGCUUCAUGUAGCCUAGUUGUUACGUGUGCAGUGUGUGUAUACAUGGGCGUUUGUAUGCGCCUGUGCAUAUGUACUAACGUGUUCCUUGUACAGAUGUGUGGGUUUGUGUUUAUGAUACACUGCAGCCAGAUUAUUUGUUGGUUUAUGGACAUACUGCCCUUUUUAUUUUUUCCCAGUGUUUAGAUGAUCUCAAAUUAGAAAACACUUCUAACCAUGUACAAGAUUAAUGCUGAAGUAAGCUUUUUAGGGCCCUUUGCUAAUAGAUAGUAACUCAAUCUGGUGUUGAUCUUUUCACAAAUAACAGAACCAAGAAACUUUUAUAUAUAACUACAGAUCACAUAAAACAGAUUUGCGUAAAACUACCAUGCCUGCUUUAUGUUUAUAUUUAACUUGUAUUUUUGUACAAAUGAGAUUGUGUAAGAUAUAUUUAAAGUUUCAGUGAUUUACCAGUCUGUUUCCAACUUUUCAUGAUUUUUAUGAGCACAGACUUUCAAGAAAAUACUUGAAAUAAAUUACAUUGCCUUUUGUCCAUUAAUCAGCAAAUAAAACAUGGCCUUAACAAAGUUGUUUGUGUUGUUGUACAUUUGGAAAUUAUGUCAGGACAUACCCAACAGAAUUACUAACAUCACUGCCCUUGUAGAAUAUGCAGUAAUCGUUCUCCAUUGAAGAGAAAUGGUUCUUACUCGAAUGUUUAGGCAUUGUACAGUUCUAUGCCCUGGUCAUUGUAUUGUACCAGUGAUGCCAAAUCCCAAAGGCUUGUUCUGCGAUUUUAUAUGUCGGAUAUUGCCUGUGGCUCUAAUAUGCACCUCAAGAUUUUAAGAAGAUAAUGUUUUUAGAGAGAAUUUCUGCUUCCACUAUAGAAUAUAUACAUAAAUGUAAAAUAUUGAAAGUGGAAGUAGUGUAUUUUAAAGUAAUUACACUUCUGAAUUUAUUUUUCAUAUUCUAUAGUUGGUAUGACUUAAAUGAAUUGCUGGAGUGGGUAGUGAGUGUACUUAUUUUAAAUGUUUUGAUUCUGUUAUAUUUUUAUUAAGUUUUUUUAAAAAUUAAAUUGGAUAUUAAACUGUAUGGACAUCAUUUAUUAAUUUUAAAUUAAACCCUCAGUAACUAAUAUUUAAGGAAGUUCUUGAUGUUAUCCCCAAUGGAAAGCAUGAUUCUUAAUAGAAGAAUCUUACUUAAUGCAGAGGUUUUGCUAAAUUUAAAAUACUCAUCCUCAAUGUUUAUAGUGAUUUACUGCUACUGAGUCAGCCAUUGCACUGAACAAGACGCAAGUCUCUUUGAGGUGACUCCUAGGUCACCUGUAGGUGACACUACACAGUUCUAAGUCAGGGUUGGCCAGCUUCCCCUGCUGGCCAACUGCACACUGCUUCAUUUUUAAUUCAACACUGUCUAAGGCUGCUUCCCACUUCGGUGGCAGAAAUUGAGUAGUUGCAAUAGAGACCAAAUAGUCCUCAAAGCCUGCAAUGUUCACUAAACACAAUCACAGAGUGCUCGCUAGCCUGUGUUCUAAGAAAAGGAGCAUGCUUUUGCAUUUUAAGAGACAUGUUGGUUUUUCUAGGAAGGGAGAAAGUUGAAUAAGUGUCUCUUGUUUUUUCUCAUUUAAGAAUCUGAUACUAGAAAACUGAUUUUGAAAAUUUUUAACAACUUGCCAUUAAGAUAGAAUAUUAAAAGCCAUAAAUCAUGUAAAACAAUUUCAUGAGGAAGCAUAUGAGGUGAAUUAGAGGGGUUAGCAGGUGAUCCUAAAACUUAGAACAAUAAGUAUUACUCAUUUUUUAGUCUCAUUUUUUUAGUAAUCUUUAUUUUGUAAUACAUGAAGAAAAAAUAAUCUUAAACUGACUUUUUUAAAAAAAUGGCACUUGAGUAGUGUGGUCAUGGUGUACUACAUGCCUGUAAUCCCAGAAAUUAGGUGGACACAGAGGGAUUGGAAACCAACAUCAUACUUGACUACUUAGCAAAUUUUAGGCUAGCCUGCACUGUCUGGCUUCCGAAAAGUAAAAUGUUCCUAAAACUAGUAGUACUGCAGAGACGUCCUACGUGGGUAGAGGUAUAGUCAGUACUUGAGAGUAUAAACACAGGAAGUUUGUUAAGUUCAAAACCAGCCUGAGCUAUAAUAGACCCUGUGUUUCCUCCCAAAAAGGACAGGUAGUGCUUCACAAAGGCUUGUAGAGUGCUACACAAAACUCACUGGUGUCACACUGCAAGCAGUGGUUUUAUGUUAUGUGAAUUCCACCAGCUGCACAUGCCAGUUUUGUCUUGAAACAUGUAGUAUAAACUAGUAGUUUCCGUUUGUGCACAGCGUGGGUCCAGAGAUGGAAGGAAUCAUCUCUCUUGGCUCUGGUCCCCUUGGAAUGGAUUCAUUUUGGAUUUCUGUCACUAAGCAGUAUUUGGCCAUCCCCAUUCUGAGUACCAAAUGGUUAACAUGAAUGUCAAAUGAAGUUGUAUUUAUGUGUCACCCUUAGAUUGGACUAACCCUUAAGACACUGGAUUUGCAGUUGACAUUAGUCUCCUCAAAUCAUAACUUUGAAGUAGGCAGUAGAAUUUGUGUUCUUUGUACCCUCUACUUAAAAGUAAAAGGUUUUUAUGAGUAGCCCUUCCUUUCUUGAAAUGAAGAAAAAAAAAAAAAAAGCUUUUAUAGUGAAAUCCAUCCUGGAAAAUUAGAGAAAAAUAGCAAGAUGUUUGUUGUUGUAUUUACCAUACCUUAGAACUCACACUUAAAUUAGUAUUUUGUAGUUUUACAUUCCUUUUUAACUCAUUCAGUGGAGAAUAUCAGACUUUCUCCCAAGUUGUAUGUUAAGUCAAUUCUAAUAUGUACUCAGCAUCAAAGAAAAACAUGUAAUAAACAUGGAAAUAAAGUUUAGUUCUGUUAGUGAAA